GUGGUGAAUGGGACCACUCACUCAUCACUGCGUUGAAGAAGAAGAAGAAGGAGUACUAGAUAAAUGAAGUCAAAGUACAGAGUUGAAUUUUUCCUUCUCCAUUUUACAUCCAUCCAUAUAUACAUAUGGAAGUUUCAUCAAUUCAUUUCAUUCAACGGAGCAUGGUGCUAACUUAAUUAGUGUUGCUCAUCAACGGAAUUUUUAUCCUGCAGGUAAAAUUUCAUUUUUAUAUAUAGUAAUAGAUUCAUUGAUGCAAGUAAUAAGUUAUCUUGACCUAUUAAGUAAAUGCUGUAUACUGCCAAAUGGGAUGGAAACUUAAUUUGUAACAGAUUUUUUUGUUAAAUCUAUCAUUGUUUACAGCCAGGUAGAUUCAUUUUGUUGGAUGGAUUAUGGAUACAUCAUGUAAACAUUCAUAAAUUUUAGGUUCUUAGUUUAAAGUGAUCUUCAAUUUUGUAACUCUAGAACAGGUAUAUAUAACUAGAAAAUAUGUUGAAUUAUUAUAUAGAAACCCAUAUGAUAUUUUUUUGAGCUGAUUGUCAUGAGAAAAAACAACGUCGAUAAACCAUAUAAAUAUCGAACAUUUAAUAAAAAAGAUACUUGUAGAGAUGAAGCAUACACUUUCUUAGCAAAUAAAGAGUUAUUCAAGAUAACAAAACAGGUAGGGGCUUGAAGUGAACUUCUUCAGAAUUUAAAUUAAACUUGUUUUGUGUGAUUUAAUGAGCUUUAGUGAAGGUCGAAUAGAUCGUGAGUAUCCGAGUUCAAAUCCUGAUUGAAACAAUCAUUAGGCAGAUUACUUUACCUAACUUCUGGUUGAAUUUUAGAUUACUUAGAACCCUUUCUCCUGGGAACCAGACGGACAAGACUAAAAAACAUAUUUUGUGCUCUUGAGAAGAUAAAAGAGGGGGAUUAGAAUGAAGAGAUAAAUUGAGGUGCAAUUAAAGGUAACAAAUUAUAUCCUUUAGUUGGGUUUAUAAACAUGAAUGUUAUUUCAAUGUCUUUGGUUUUUCAUUUGAGUGGUGCAUUCUCACCACCAAAAUUGGCUAUAGUAUCAAGAAACCUAGAUAUCUUACCAUUAUGGUUGACAUGUUAAAACUCUUCAAGUCCCUGAACUGAACCAAUACCUCCAACUUAUACAAAAAAAUAAAUACAAAAGAAGUAUUUAAUAUCCUUAGGAUCAAACAUCAACUUGGUUAAUGGAAAUGGUAGCAUAUUUAUUGAUAUUAUGUUUUGAGUGUGAGGAGAUUAUCCAAGCAGAGGUAAGAUUUCGGUAAUUUUAAGAUGUCUUAGUUGUAUCUCAAUAUCCAUGUUCGUUUUGUCUGGACUAGAAGGAGUUUUAUUUUUAUUUUUCAUCUUCUUCGGAUGCCUGGUGAUCGGUUGUGACAUCAGAGAUCCUAAGAAGUCUGUCGGUUAUUACCUUCUGCUGUGUUAAAUUUAUUCCUCGUACUUGGAGCAGUAUUGGAUAGUAUUUACUUGACAAGCAUUCUUUGGAGGCUGCAGCCAUAAAUAUCACAUGUUAUGGUUCAGCUGUUAUCAUGCGGAACUAUGGCAGAGGAUUAGUGUAUUUAAUUUGUAGGUUCCUCUGGUGUAUGAGAGGUUUGGGUGGCUAUUUAUUUUGUAUUUAGGUUGGUUUUUUAUUAGCUUUUUUGAUGGUUUAAACUCUGAUUGUAUUUUUUUUUUCCCGUAUCCUUGCGCAGUUUGUGCUUGGAUUGAAGCUAUUAAUAUACUUUUCCUUUUUCUAAAAGCUAAAGUUGCACCUAAAACAUCCAUAGGAUCCGAAAACAACGUACAAUCUCAUAACUUCAAAACUUUGAUGUCAAUGAAAAUAUUCAUGAAACCUAACAUUGCCCUUGUCUCGUCUAAAUAUGAACAUAAUAUUGUUGGUUGCAAGUUGCUUCCAAUUAGGUAAAACUAACCUCACUUACCCUUCCUUUCACAACAUACUAAAUCCUAACCUCACUUAAUCCACAUUCAAAUGUUAUUCUUCUUAAUUCUCAACCUCACAAUAAUACUUAACUGAUAGAUAUUCAUUACAAUUACUCAAUAAAUUACUUAGCAGAUGACAAGAUACAACCUUAUCAGAAAAUCUUUAUAAUUUAACACAUAAAAUGGUAUGACUUUUAGACUGAACUGGUACAUGAUUUAGUUUUUUUACAAAAAGUAAAAAGGGAUGGCAGAGAGUCACAUCCUGAGUAGUUUGUUUCAGAAGGAACCAACUGGUUCUUUCCUACGCAAAUGAAUGAUUCCAAACAUGCAAAAUCAAUAUAACAAAGGAUAUACAAAUGAAACAUAAACAAAAUCACUAUUCUAUGAAUAGACAAUAAAGAAAGCCAACCUAAGCAAAAUUAAACAAAUUUUAUAAACCAUUACUUACUUCUCUCGUUCUUGCUUGGGAUAUAUGAGAAAAUAUUUAGCUUACAAAAUGGUUUAGUACAUGUCCAAUUUUGAUGAUCAUAACAUUUUUUUUCCAACUUUGUUCCCUCGAUUUACUUCUUUUAGUUCAAUUAUAUGAUACAUGUCCAACCCCCUCUUCCCCAGAAGGAAAUCAUGUUUCAUGAUGCAAUGCAGGCUUGGUUCUUAUGUAAAUCUGAAUCUAAACCUUGAUAUCAAACAAAAUUCUCAUGUGGGAAAUAUGCUUGCAAAAUAUUCGAAGCAUAAAAGUUCAUCUAAGAAACAAUAUCCAACAGUUAUAGAAGAGCUAUGCCAUCAAUUUUCUCUGGAAGAUCUGAAGAAUUCGACCAAUAACUUUGAUGAAGAUCGAAUAAUUGGACAAACAAGUUUCAGCAUAGCGUACAAAGGUUAUCUCAAACAUAAUGGUGAAACUGAUUACCCAAUUGCAUUGAAACGGAUGAGAAAUAUAUUUGACGAAUGGAAAUUCAAGAAGGAAAUUGAACUUCACUGCCAGCUUCAUCACCCGAAUUUGACAUCUUUAAUAGGAUUCUGUGACCAAAAAGAUGAGAAAAUUAUCGUGUAUGAAUACAUGUUAAAUGGCUCUCUCUAUGAUCAUUUGCGUUUAAGGGAUAUGGAUCCACUCUCAUGGAAGAAAAGGCUUGAAAUAUGCAUUGGAGCUGCAAAAGGACUACACUACCUUCACACCGGAGCAAAGCGCACAAUUUUUCACUGUGACAUAAAGCCUCAAACCAUUCUUUUAGAUAAUAGUAUGGUACCAAAACUCUCACAUCUUGGAUUUUCCUUACAAGGGAAGCUUUCUAAAUUGAACCCAAAACCAAUUAAAGUCGACACCCUCAUUGGUACAUUUGGUUACAUGGCACCAGAGUGUGUCUUAACCAACACUUUCACAGAUAAAUGUGACGUUUAUUCCUUUGGUAUAGUUUUAUUUGAAGUAGCCUGCACAAGCUACAAGAAUACCAUCUUUGAUAAGAUGGUCAUGUUAGAGGACAUAUAUUGGUUUACAAAUCAGUCAUUUAAUCCAACCAUCUUUUUGGAGAGGUUCCCAGCUGAUGAGAUUAUUGAUCCGAUUCUAAUGAGAUUGAUUGCACCAAAAUGUUUGGUAGUGUUCAUGGAUAUCAUGAAAAGAUGCUUGAACAUAGAACCAAAUGAAAGACCAACAAUGGGCGAGGUUGAGGUUGAACUUGAGCAUGCUUUGGCACUGCAGCAGGAAGCAGAUGAUGGGAAAAGUAAUGGUGAUUUUAAGUUUUUUCCAACCACCAUUUCUACCUAAUUAACUACAGUAAUCUUCCAUUUGGGUUGAUAGAAAAUGUGAUAGAAACAGGGAUAAGAGAUGGGCCUUGAUACUAUGAGCUUUGACACUAGGCCCAAACCAAGAGAAGGGCAUAGAGAAUGAUGACGUGGCCAAGUGAGGCAUGGUGUGCAUGGGAUUAUAGCUAUAUAAGUGGUGUCAGUGAUAGAGAAUAAUCAUCUUGGAAUUCUGUUAUUUGUAUGGGAUCACUUGUUAGUGAUUUGGGGCACUUAGUGCUUUGGGGCUAGUAGAAUCUCUCUACUAGUUUGUUACUUUCUUACCUUUAUUUUGUUAUUUUCUACCUUGUAGUUGAAACUCCAUUAAUAUCAAUUGCAAGCUUUUCUUCCAUUCUACUUCAUUAUCCCUGUUUCAUUCAAAAUGGUAUUGAUGUUUUGCUUCCUUUUUUGGCUGGCUUCUAUGUACAAUUAUUCUUGUAAUGAAAGAAGAAAAAGAAAAUAUACACUCUCCCUAGUCCCUACGUUUCCUGCUACGACGAGAAUUUCAGUUUUGAUUCGACAAGCAUCUAUGAUAUAGUCAUUAUAGUGUCAAAGAGAAGAUUAUGAGUUCUGGUAGUGAGUAUCAAAAGUUAGAUCAAUGAAGUAAACACAUGUUUCGGACAAGCUGAUGGUGGAGUCGAAUAGACGAGUUGAAGAUCAGUACAAAGCACACUAGGUUUAGGCCGACAAUGGCAACGCUGAUUCCUAUAUGUCAGUUGUAAUUUGUAAGUUAUUUAGAAACACUGAUGAAUAGGCACUUAUUACUAGAAAUUCCUAUAAAUAGAAGUUCAUAUAAUAUGAUAAGGGUUGGAAUUUAUUUUCUGUAACCUACUCUUCAAAUGGAAAUAAAUUCAAGUUCUCAUAAACUAUGUAUGAUAAGGGUUGGAGUUCAGUUUUUCAUAAUGGCAAGUUAAUAUUUUCUUAUGUUCA